GCACUAAAGUCAGGAGUCAGAAAGGUUCACAUGAGGCUCAGCUCUUCAGUUUGGUGAGUGUUCAGUGUGACUUUGUCCUUGUUUUUGUUUUGUUUUGUUUUGUUUUGUUUUGUUUUGUUUUGUUUUGUUUUAAUGGAUGUGCUUCAUUUUACUCAAAGUUUCUGCAAACUUUCCUCACUGUUUGAGGAUUCGUUUUUUUCCCCACAGAGAAACUUGAAAAGUGAGCAAAUACAAAACUGCACGGUAAAAGUCAACAUAUUAGUUUAAAGUGAGAGUACUUUAACUUCAUUACAGCAAUAUUUCAAGUACUAGAAGUUUAAAUGCCGGGAGACCGCAAACUACAAGAACUAAAUGACAGUUCCACUGUGCGCAAUAUUUUGCUUUCUGUAAUACCUCAACCAAAUACUUACCAUUUAACAGCGUCUGUAGUUUCUCCGAUGACAAAGUAGUCAAAUGUUGUAAGAAGACAAACAUUGUUGUCAUAAUUUGACGAUUCUUGAUACUCACUAGUGCAGAAAGUCGCUCACUGGGAAGUUGUCACCGUGCGUAAAGUGUGCGUAAAAUAUGAAUAAGUGUGCGCAAAGCUAAAACCAAAACUCAAACUGAUGGCUUUGCUCUUCCUUUCAGCAGACUUUUUGUCCCUUGCUGUAGUCUGCACUGAAAAUGGAGCUCAUGGAAAACUCUACAGCUUCACCUCAACGGAUCGCCUCAACGCAGAGCAACGCGAACUCCGCAGAUGUUAAAACCGGCGGGAACGCAUCCCUCUACAUAUUAAUAGUCAUGUCUUUCUACGGAGUCUUCCUCUGCGGCAUCAUGCUGGGCUACUUUCGCUCCAAAAGAAGAGAGAAGAGGAGAGUCAAUAUCUUCACGCGCCUUGUGCACGAGGAGGAGGAGCGGGAGUGGGGCGCUCUGCCCAAAAAACACAGCCUCACCUUCCCCACAGCUGUCUCGGGACUUCAGUCAAUGCAGGUGUCCUUGCCGUUCUGUGGUAACCAUAGCAACCACUUUGGACACCUCCGCUACGAGGGCGCGCUGCCCUCCCCGCUCGCAUGCGCGCUGUGCACGGAGCAGAGCAGCGUAAGCUCCCUGUGCUCGUCCGCGGACACGCGCUUCGCCAUAGAGGAGGAGACGGACAGCGGCACGGCGGAGGAGCAGGAGGAAAGCAUGAAGGGAGGAUCCGAGAACAGCGGAGAUGAUUCAGGCUGAUCACCGAGCAGGAAGACUGUGAUUUAACCUGAGGAGAAGAAGAAGGAGGAACAAACGAGAAAAGGAGAGGAGGAACAUCAGCCGGAGGAAAGCCCAGAGGGAGUCUUCAUUACACAGCUGCACAGACAGUCCAAAAACCAGCAUAAACUAUUUGUGUCCAAAGAAAACUCCUCAAACCACCAUCAUUCAUGGUUAAAGACAGUGUCAAUACCAUCUAUUUUGACUGCAUGAAGACUUUGGGGCCAGUUUGGACUAGUCUCAGAUGUAUCUCUUUAUUUUGCCCAUCCAUCCAAUCAGAGAUUUACAUGCAAAAUAAUCAAUUAUUGAGCCAGGGGUGAAUCAAAUGAUGAAAAAAUUUCAUUUUCGGGUAAGCUGUAUUGAAAGCAUCUCAUACAGACAAUAUCUUAAUUUAUCUCUGUAAAGCAGCACUGCAGCAGUUCCGUCUCUUUGGUCAACAUGGACAGUUUACUCAUGAUAAGAACAUAUAGAUGAGCAAAUUAAAAACUAUGGUAUCAAAAAGAUAAAGUCAUAGCAGGAUGUGCUGGAUUUUUUUUCUUAAUCUAUGAGAAAAUCAUCUGAAAUAUCCAUUUUUUAAAACCUGUGGAGCCAUAAAAGCUACUAAAGUAUUUUCACAUCAUUUUAUUGAUGAGGGUGACUCCCCCCUGCCUGUGCUGAAGACUGACCCUGCAGCAGACAGACUCAGAGGCUGUUUGUUUGGACACAACUUGACUUGCUCUCUCCAACACGGUGUGGAGCACUGAAUUGUCCUGGAACCCACUUGAACGAUUGUCCGAAGGCUUUGACACUGUUCACACUCGGUCAGUGAUGUAGGUUUACUUGAUGAAAGCCAUGCACUGUAAAUACAGUUUGUUUUUUCACUUUGUUAGCUCUAAUUUAAAAUUGAGUCUUUGUAGUGUUUCUGAAAUAAAAAAUUAAUUGAUGCCGGCCUG